AUGCUACUCUCAUGGACUGCAGUAAAACAGAGCCUUGAAGAUGUUGGUUUUCAGGCCGUGGAUGUUUUCACGACGGGUAAAAGGGACGGCUUUCAGAGAACUGUCCUCCUCCUCCUGACCUGUAGCUUCUCCAGCCUCCUGCUCAGCGCCCUGCUCCUUCUCUACCUGCUCUUCCACCUGGACUAUGAGACAGCAGUGGCUGGAGGGAUUGCUGGCUGCUUUGGGACAUUACUCACCGUCGCCCUCUUCUUAUCAAAGAGGGUACGAUGCUUAGGGACCCUAUUUGUCAUCUCCAUUUUCAUGAAGAAGAGUCGCAACUUGCUGCUCACUGCUGGGACCAGCCUUGUUGUUCUUAAAAAUAUCGAUAACACCUUGGAGAACCUCACAGGCCUCCUCAGGAGUAUGAUCUGCAACCUGAAGGCGAAGAAAUCAGCCAUCAUCACUCCAUUCAGUAACUACGUCAAGAUGUUGAAGUGGAUAGGAAGCAUCCUUAAAGGGGUUACAGACCUGGGAGUGGUGAACGUUGACUCCCAGCUCAAGAUUUCACUCAAACUGGAAUCAGAAAAAUUCAGGGAGAAACUCAGUGAAGCAGAGCAGAGGCUGGACGAGACUGUGAAAUAUGCACAUUCCCUUGUGAGUACGUUCUCCACUGUGACCGACAGGCUGUUUCCCGCCAUCAGCUUCCUCGUGCUCAUGACCUUCAUAGCCUUGCACAUAAAAAAGUACUGCAGUGACAUGAAAUACGAAAACAGGUUCAUCGGCAGCAAAUUUGUUCGUUUUGACGAGAAGCAGAGGGAGGAAGGAAAACCUCACAUCCUCCCCCUCACACCGGAGGAAGGGAAGCUGUACACCGCCAUCCCCUCCGCCCGACCCACCACCAGAGAGGGCAAAGUUGUACUGAAGUUCGGUGUUUCAGUUGUCGUUCAUUUUGUAGUUUGGGUCAUAUUUAUAACUGUGGAUGCCUUAUUGUACUGCUUUGUGGAUAUUGUAACAACAAAAUUAGCAGAGCUGGAACCGUUUCAUGUCCCGUUGUUAAUGAGCAUCAAAGGGAUUGUGGCUGUAAUUGGUUUACCAUUCAGUGAGGAAAUCCAUCACAAAGACUUUUCCUACUCUGUGACCUUGUUUGAAAAGAAGUGCCUCCCUAAACCCAAGCUGCUCUUCUAUAACUCCAUAUUUCCAUUGGCCGUCAUCCUGGUCACCUUGGUCGUCAUGGCCCUGAUGGCGGCCAAAAUGUCCCAGCUGAGGCUGAUGGUCUCUGAGCGAUUCUUCUCCAGCGCUGCGGAGGGGAGAGUGGAGUACCUCCAUGCCAAAAUCCUCCGGAAGAGAUUAAAAGGGAAGAAGAAUAAAAACACCUGCAGCCUCACAUCGUUGAUUGUUAAGCCACAUUUCUGGUGCCCGCUGCUUUUUCGACCCAAAGAGGAUCCACAAGGUGUCGUGUGA